AUGCGCCUCGCCGAGCACGGCGACGCAUCCAAGGUCGCUGGAUGCACGGACAGCGUCGGCUGUUUCGCAGCCAUGAGCGACGGCAAGGAGUUGGUUGCAAAGUGGCCGGCCAACAUCAGCGCGUCAGACGUCGAGGUGACCGUGCGCUCGCGCGUCUUCGCGCCCCACCGGCGCGGCCUGGCCCACGUGGUGGUCCAGGGCUUCACGAUGGAGCACGCCGCCAACCAGUGGAUCGCGAAUUUCUGGUUCCCGCAGAACGCCAAGUACGCACAGUCGGGCCUCCUCGGCACGCGGAGCGGCUACAUGUGGACGAUCCGCAACAAUACCCUGCGCCAUGCACAGACCAUCGCUCUGGACAUCUCGAGGAAGAGAAGGGCGGGUACCCCGGCUCGUGGCCGCCUCCCGACAACGAGGGCACCAUGCAGCCGACCCCGCAUGUGA